CAGUACGGCGUCGGUGCUGGCCUGGUCUCGCCGCGCAUCUUCUUCUGCUCUCCCUGCGUCAGUAAAAGCAGCUGCGGGAUAUAUUCGUUUCCUCCCCGAUCGGGCCUCCCUCCUGCAGUCUCCUCGCCGACAGGGAACGCCGGGGUGAAAGAAGGGAGCUUCCAUUGCCGGAUCCGUGAACGGUUCAGAGAUGGCUGAGACGGUGUUCACUCCCUCUUUGGAAGGGAUGAAGCAUGUCAAGGCAGAAAACGGAGUCAUUCUCACCAAGCCUUUCCUUGAAGUCUGCAAGCAAAUCUUGCCUGUCCUGGAUAAAUUUGGAGCUGCUAUGGCAAUUGUAAAGAGUGACAUUGGUGGCAAUAUCACAAGACUAGAAAACAAGUAUUCUUCAGACCCAUCAAAGUAUGAGCACUUGUACACCAUGGUUCAGGAAGAAGUUCAAAACAAGACUGCAAAAGGUUCCUCAAGCUGCACAAAUGGGCUUCUAUGGCUCACGAGGGCCAUGGAUUUCCUUGUUGAGUUGUUCCGUAACCUGCUUGAGCAUCCAGACUGGACUAUGAGUCAAGCAUGCACUGAUUCAUACACCAAAACUCUGAAGAAAUUUCAUGGCUGGCUUGCCAGUUCUAGUUUUACGGUGGCCAUGAAGCUUGCUCCUAACAGAGAUAAAUUUAUGGAGGUCAUCAGCGGAACGGGUGACAUCAAUGCAGAUAUUGAGAAAUUUUGCACAACCUUUUCACCAUUUCUCAAAGAAAAUCAUGACUUUCUGGCGAGUGUUGGUCUUGACGAUAUGAAGGCUUCAUAGAGCAAUCUCUGCAGCAGUUACAGCAAAAUAAACAUGUCUUGUGAAAACUCAAAUGUUGCCUCCCGUGGUCAUCUUCUCCUCCCCCCAAAAAAUUAUACAGGGUAAUAAUAAGUCUGUGAGCAUGAUUGCCAUGGCUGCUUACACAGUGAAACGACAGUACUCAAAAAAUUUACCUUCGGAAUUCAUACCCUGUUACAUACAUGAUGAUGUGGAACUCAUGUACUCUUAAAAGUUUCCUGUCUAGGCUGAAAUUUUACAAGAAUUUUGCAACAAUCUUAUAGGCAGAUUCCAACAUUAAUUAUAACUA